AUGAAACUGAAGAACGGAAGAAAGAAGAAGAAGUCAGGAGCUCAUAACCGUGGAAACGUCGAUGCCGCUAGUCAAAAAGAUGCUCUUUAUCACCAAGAAAAGUUUGUGAAAAAGAUUCAAAAGCAAAAAUUCUUGGAAAACAAGGAAAAAGAGCUUGCACGACAACCUCAUUGUCUCGUUAUUCAUCGUGGAGAUGUCGGUAAAUAUGUGAAAGGAUUGGAAUCGGAUCUCAGAAAUCUAGUCGAACCAAAUACCGCCAAAAAUCUAAAAAUUCUGAAACGAAACAAUAUCAAGGAUUUCAUUGUCAACGGUGCAGUUCUUGGGGUAACAAAUAUGAUGGUCUUGACUUCUAGUGAUGCCUCUCUUCAAUUAAGAAUGAUGCGCUUUUCUCAAGGACCAACACUCUCGUUUAAAGUGAAGCAGUACUCUCUGGCUCGCCAUGUUUUCAAUAUCCAAAAGCGUCCAAUUGCUACGGAUAAGCUGUUCAAAUCAUCUCCAUUAGUUGUAAUGAAUGGAUUUGGAGACGGAGAGAAGAAGCAUCUCUCGUUAGUUCAAACUUUCAUUCAGAAUAUGUUCCCAUCGAUCAAUGUUGAUACGCUCCAAAUUGGAAGUCUAAAACGUUGUCUGAUCGUUAGUUACGACGAGGAAACUGAUGAAAUCAGUAUGAGACACUACGCCAUCCGUGUCGUCGCAUCGGGUCUCAAUAAAUCAGUGAGAAAGCUAGUGCAAGCAGAGAAAACGAUGGGAAAGAAUAUUCCAAAUUUGAGUACCUACAAAGAUAUCAGUGAUUAUUUUUUGAAUCCUGGUCAAUUGAGUGAUUCUGAAUUCGAAGGAGAUCAACAAGAAGUGGAACUUCCGCAAAGUAUUUCUGAGCAAAGUGGCUGCGGUGCAGGUCAGAAAAGUAACGUCCGUCUGCAUGAAAUUGGACCCCGAUUGACGUUGGAACUGACAAAAAUUGAGGAAGGAAUCGAUGAGGGAGAGGUUCUUUAUCACAAGCAUCACGCAAAGACUCCUGAUGAGUUGAUCAAGUUGAGAGCUCAUAUGGAUAAAAAGAAACAAAUGAAGAAGCGUCGUGAACAGGAAAGCGAGCAAAGAGUCAUUCGUCGAUUGACGAUUGCUAAAGAACAACAAGAUGCUGAGGAGGCAGAAGAGAAGGCGAUUCGGGAAACUGCUGCACGUAGGCAAGCUGCCGCCACCGGACAAGUUGAAGAAGUUGAGAAUCAGAAGGAGAAGGAUAGAGAGAUCGCCAUGAAUCGGGAACGAGAUCUGAAACGCGCCAAUGAGGAAUGGGGAACCACUGAUAAUCCAAAGAGAGGAAGAUAUGAAGAUGGACGUGGAAGAGGUCGAGGUGGUGGAUUCAGAGGAAGAGGCGACGAGGGUAGUUAUCGUGGUCGUGGUGGAAGUGGAGAUCGAGGAGAAUCCAGUGGAGGUUACCGUGGAAGAAAAGAUGACAGUAAUGGAUACAGAGAAAGGAGUAUGGAUCGUGGAGGCUUCCGAGGACGAGGUGGAGAUCGCGGCGGAUUCGGAGGUGGUGACCGUGGUGGAUUCCGAGGAAGAGGUGGAUUCGGAGGUGGUGACCGUGGUGGAUUCCGAGGAAGAGGUGGCUUUGGAGGCGGUGAUCGCGGUGGAUUCAGAGGACGAGGAGGAUUCGGUGGUGGUGACCGUGGCGGCUUCCGUGGAAGAUCUGGAUCUCGUGGUGGAAGUCGUGGCGGUGGAGGAGACGGACGUGGCGGAGGAUACCGAAGCCAACGUUAA